GACAGCUGUGACGUCAAUACCAAGCAGCUGUCUGUAUUGACGUUUACUUAGCUCAUACCUUUGAGUGUUUAGUUGUAGUGCAAAGAAUUUACUGAAAUUAUGAGAUAACGAAAGUGUUGUGACUUGCUGGUUUCGCUAGAUCAAUUUAACCUGUCCCCGCAAAAAUUUCUCCGUUUCUUUAUUUGUGAUGUAAUUUAAUUUAAAAACUCUAACGAUGUCUUCUAUUUCCCUUAAACUAACAAAUUUACGAGCGUUUCUCUCCAAGAGACCUUUAGUGAAAGGUAUGGUAGCCUACACUGUCCUAUGGCCGACAAGUAGUCUCGUGCAGCAGACUAUCGAGGGGAAAACGUGGAAUACAUAUGACUGGAAAAGAUGUUUUCGAUUUGCGGUGUUUGGUGGACUCUUUGUGGCUCCCACACUUUACGGGUGGGUUCGUUUCACAUCAGUCAUGUGGCCCAGAACGAAUUUAAAAACGGCAAUCUCAAAAGCCCUAGUUGAUCAGGUCUCUUAUGGUCCCUUCGCUAUUAGUUCAUUUUAUGUUGGGAUGAGUCUGUUGGAACUAAAAUCAUUUGACGAGAGUAUUCAAGAAUGCAAAAACAAAUUUUUCCCUACAUGGAAGGUGGCGGCUCUAGUUUGGCCGGUUCUUCAAACUAUCAAUUUCUCCCUUAUCCCAGAAGGAAAUCGGGUAGUUUUUGUAAGCAUUUGUAGUGUAUUAUGGACAACAUUCCUAGCAUAUAUGAAACGACUUGACAAAUUAAAACAGGAACAAUAGUUCUAAGCUUUAGGACCAGGCGAAUCUAGAUAAUGAGUUGAGAGAUGGAUAAUAUAUGUGUAUAUUUCAAGUAGCGAAAUCAUUGUAAAUAAUAGGAAAUUGUUACAUAGUAAUAAAUUGUUAUUGUUGUUU